AAAGUCAUGCCCGUGGAUAACCCCACUGUUCCACUGCAAACAAAAUUCAAUCUGCUGCAAGUGAAGGGAACAUGGGUUCGACAAAGUGAGGAUGACCAGGUGACUAAAGGAAAGCUAUCAGAUGCAAAAAUCUAUGAGAGAAAAUCUGAUCAUGGAGUUUCCUGGACAGUGGUGAGCCCAAUUAUUUUCACAUACAAAGUAAUUCAAUGUGAGAACUCAUUGGAUCCCAGGAACGACACACUUUUAUGGGGCCAUCUUGACAACGAAGACCUCAACAACAGUAGCACUGCCAAGCCUCAGCCUGUUAAACGUUUUGUUGUGAUUGAUGAAACAGUGCGCCAACUCUAUGGGGCCAGAGUAAGAGAAUAUUUUGAUGCCAGACAAGUUGUAUACAAAAUCCUCCCACUUCCAACCACAGAGGAGAACAAGUCCCUAGAACUGGUCACCAAGAUCUUGCAAGAAGUCCAUGAUUUUAACAUUGACAGACGCUCUGAACCAAUCAUAGCCAUCGGGGGCGGGGUUUGCCUGGAUGUGGUGGGGUUGGCUGCAAGUUUAUACAGACGGAGGACUCCAUACAUAAGAGUGCCCACGACUUUGCUGGCCUAUGUUGAUGCCAGCGUAGGGGCCAAAACCGGAGUCAACUUUGCAGGAGGCAAGAAUAAACUGGGGAGCUAUGUGCCGCCCAUAGCUACUUUCUUAGACCGCUCCUUCUUCCAGACGCUGCCACCAAGACAGCUCUCCAAUGGGAUGGCUGAGAUAUUAAAGAUGGCGUUGAUGAAGCACCGCGGCCUGUUUGAGCUGUUGGAGGCUGAGGGGUCACACCUGCUGGAGUCUAAACUGCAGAGCUCCGACGCUGCCUCUGCCUGCACCCGCGUCGCCAUAGAAACCAUGCUGGAGGAACUCGCUCCAAACCUGUGGGAAGACGACCUGGACCGACUGGUGGACUUUGGGCACCUGAUCAGCCCACAACUCGAAAUGAAAGUGUUGCCGGCUCUGCUCCAUGGCGAGGCGGUGAACAUAGACAUGUGCUUCAUGGUGUACCUGUCUCACCUGAGAGGGCUCCUGUCCGUGGAGGAGAAGGGGCGUGUCGUCAGGUGCAUGCAGGGGCUGCACCUGCCUCUGUGGCACCAGGACUGCACCUUGGACCUGAUCCACAGGUCCCUCAGCGAGAGGCUGAAACACUCAGGGGGGUCUCUCAGGAUGCCUCUCCCCACCGGGUUAGGACAAGCAGAAAUCUUCCAUGAUAUCAUAGAAGAGGACGUUCUUUCUCGAGCUCAUCAGAUGUGGACCAGCGAACUCUCUCCGAAUUUGAAAUGA